CUUCACGGAUCACUUUCCAUUAGUAAAUUAGAGAAUGUUACCGACAACUUUGAAGCAUCACAAGCGAAAAUAAUGGAUAAGAAGUACCUUGAAGAAUUAUCUUUUGAAUGGUCUGGUAAUGCAAAAGACCAAUUUACAAAUUCACAAAGUGAUAUGGAUAUACUUGACAAGUUACAACCUGCCAAGAACCUAAAAAAGGUGUCUAUAUGUGGAUAUAGAGGCACGAGAUUUCCAGAAUGGGUUGGAGAUCCUUCCUACCACAAUUUGACUGAGUUAUAUUUGUCUGAUUGUCAUAAUUGUUGUAUUCUUCCACCACUUGGACAAUUACGCUCUCUCAAGAAAUUGAGAAUCAGUAGAAUGAGUAUGUUGGAGACUAUUGCAUCUGAAUACGGUGAUUCCUUUUCAGGGAUUAUCUUUCCCUCCCUUGAACGUGGUGAUUCCUUUUCAGGGAUUAUCUUUCCCUCCCUUGAACGUCUUCAGUUUGAUAAGAUGCCAUGUUGGGAAGUGUGGCAUCAUCCGCAUGACUCAAAUGCAUAUUUUCCUGUACUCAAGUCUCUUGUGAUUCAUCGUUGUCCCGUAUUGAGGGGAGAUUUGCCAUCUCAUCUUCCUGCUUUGGAAACAAUUCAGAUUUCACAAUGCGACCAACUUGCUUCGUGUCUCCCAAGUGCUCAUGCCAUCCGCAAAUUAGCGAUACGUGAAAGCAAUAAAGUAAUGUUGCAAGAGCUACCCCUUUCAUUGGAAGACAUCGAAAUUCAAGGAAGAGAGGCAACGGAGUCCUUCUUUGAAGUCAUUGCCAUCACCCUACCGAUUUCCCUGAAAAUUGUAAGGAUCGAGAUCAAGAAUUGUUCGUCUGCGAUAUCGUUUCCUGGAGAUUGUUUACCCGCAUCCUUAAACAGUUUGUCCAUCACAGAUUGUAGAAAUCUAGAUUUUCCAAAGCAAAAGCAGCAGCACGAGUCACUUCAACGGUUGCAUAUAGAGAGUAGUUGUGAUUCUCUGACAACCCUCCCACUGGAGACCUUUCCCAGACUCCGUAGUCUCAACAUCUGGCACUGUGAAAAUCUAGAAUGUAUAUCCGCUUCGAAGAUUCUUCAAAAUCUUAACGAAAUUUUGAUUACCAAUUGCCCCAAAUUAGUUUCAUUUGCAAGAGAUGGAUUGUCAGCGCCCAACUUGAGAUCAUUGCUUGUCUUCGAUUGUGUCAAUUUAAAGUCAUUGACUUGUCACGCAAAUACUCUUCUCCGGAAUUUAGAAAUCGUGAGUAUAUGGAAUUGCCCAGAAAUGGAGACGUUUUGUGAAGGUGGUGUGCCGCCUAGCUUGAGAUCACUUGAUAUAGAGAAAUGUGAGAAGUUAAUGAGGAGCCCAUCUCUAAGUUUGAUGGACACGCUCACCCAUCUUAAAAUUGGUCGUUGUGAUGGUGUGGAGUCCUUCCCCAAUAAGGAUUGUGCGUUGCUGCCUCCCUCCCUUACCUCUCUAACGCUAUGCCAUAUGUCAAGUUUGCACACGUUGGACUGCACGGAGCUUCUCCACCUCACUUCCCUCCAACACUUAGCAAUUCUAUUUUGUUACAAGCUGGAGAAUAUGGCGGGAGAAAGGCUGCCUGCUACUCUAACAAUACUUCAAAUCAUUGGAUGUCCACUGCUGGAAGAACGGUGCCGCAUGAAACAUCCGCAAAUUUGGCCCAAAAUUUCCCACAUCCAAAGCAUUGUGUUUCACUGCACAUGAAUUUAGAAACUUCAACUUGGAUUUUCAAUGAUAUUGAAGUAGCUAACUCCCUUGUUGAUUGUGCUGAGAAUAUCAAUCGGGUUGCUUUUGGUUUGUACAACCAUGUGUGCUUAAACAAAACAGACCAUGUCAUAAAGUUUAUUGAAGAGAAUUUCAAAAUCAAUUAUUUGGAAGAGAACAAUAUUAGUUUGUGGAGAUUGUAACUGGAGAGACGGCACCUCAGCCCUGUUAUUUGCGUGCUUCAUGUUCUGUUUCCAAGAAUAUGUGUGAUAAAGAAGUUAUAUUUAUGAUAUAUGUGGAAGUGGGAGUAUAUAAGAGUAUCUUAAGUUUUCUUAAGGUAUUGGGAACUUUACUAAAUAUUAUUGUUAUGAUUUGUUUAGUUUAGAAUUUGCAAUACAAAAAAUACUGAGAGGGAGAUGCUAUUUUGAGUUUAUUAUGUUUUAAACUUUAUAUAAUACUUCAGAAAAAUGUUAACUCAAAUCAAUGACUUUCGAAGUUCAAAUAAUAUUUGCUCAUAGAAAUGUUAUCUGA